CAUUGUUCUUUACUUCCCUGUAAAUUAUAGAUAUAGUGACGUAGAGAGCGAAAUUCAAUUCUCAUAGAUCAAACCCAUUUUUUUUGGUUUAUCUUCAAGUCUCCGGUCGAGUUUUCUCAGUCACUUUCCCGCAUUUUCUUGGGAAAAUAAAGAGAAAAAAAGUAUGGAAUUGACAGCAAAUGUGUCAGCUUUUUUCUUAAGACAGUGACAGAAACCGAACGACACAGUUUCAUAAACAAAUACUACAAAACCUUUUUCUUUUCAGGGUUUUCGAGCUGAUUUUUGAAGACUUUGAGGAUGGAGGAAAUGAGGGUUUCUGCGAGGUGUGUUUCCGAUGGUAAUGAGAGAGAGCUUAGAGUGAUAGAAUUGUAAAUUUUAGGAAAGUUUUGUAGGGUGAAAAGCUAGAUCUAUUUUGAGUUUUCAAAGGACUACUUUGAUGAAUGUGUGUACUGUAAGUUCAAAAUACCUCCGCAAUUGUUGAAGUGGUUUAAGGUUUGUAUUUAUGAGGAUUGUGAUGAUUCUACUGGAUUUUAUUAGUGGGUUUUUAUGAUUUUGAGGAUUGAAUAGGCAAUGUUGAGGAUUGGAGUGAAGCAAAGAGCUGGUAAAGUGAGAACUUAGGACUGCUUUGAGGUUAAAAAAAGCCGAGAUCUUGAUAAUUAGUGUUUAUUUGAAAGAUUUCUUAAUCUAUGUCCAGUGCUCCGAGAUUGAGGUCAAUGAAUGUGGCUGAUUCUGAGGCAAGGCCCGUACUGGGACCUGCGGGGAACCAGGCGGGUUCAUUGGGUGCAAGAAAACCAGCUUCAAAGCCUUUGACAAAGGUUGAAAAGUGUCCAGUUAAGGUCACUUUAGCAGAGGAGAAAAGAGUCGUUCCAUCAUCUACUGUUAGUUCACUUUCUCCAAAAACACAUUCUGUUAGUGUUCCUUCAGUGCUUCGUCGGCAUGAGCAGUUGUUACUUUCUAAUUUAUCACUAAAUGCUUCGUGUUCAUCGGAUGCUUCCACGGAUUCAUUUCACAGUCGAGCAUCUACUGGUAGGUUAAUUCGGUCAAAUAGUGUAGAAAGCAGGAGGAAGCCAUAUGCAUCAAAGCCGAGAAGCGUUGUUUCUGAUGGUGGUUUGGAUUCGCCACCUGAUGGUUCACAUCAGAAGAAGAGAUGUGCGUGGGUGACACCAAAUACAGAUCCAAGUUAUGCUGCUUUCCAUGAUGAAGAGUGGGGGGUUCCUGUACAUGAUGACAAGAAAUUGUUUGAGUUGCUUGUACUUUCGGGUGCAUUGUCUGAACUUACAUGGCCUGCUAUGCUAAGCAAAAGGCACAUAUUUAGGGAAGUUUUUGUGGAUUUUGAUCCUGUUGCUGUAUCAAAAUUGAAUGAGAAGAAGUUAAUAGCAACUGGUAGCAUGGCAAGUUCUUUGUUAUCUGAAUUAAAGCUGCGAGCUAUAAUUGAGAAUGCACGCCAAAUAUCUAAGGUUAUAGAUGAGUUUGGGUCAUUUGAUGAAUAUAUUUGGAGUUUUGUUAACCACAAGCCUAUAGUUAGCAGAUUCAGAUAUCCUCGCCAGGUUCCAGUUAAAACUCCAAAAGCUGAUGUCAUAAGCAAAGAUCUGGUAAGAAGGGGUUUUCGAAGUGUGGGGCCCACAGUCAUCUACUCGUUCAUGCAAGUGGUGGGAAUAACAAACGACCAUCUCACAGGUUGUUUCAGAUUCCAGGAAUGUAUAACAGCAUCAGAAGGAAAAGAAGAAAAUGGGAUCAAAGAUAUGGCAGAAGAGAAAAGAACCGAUAAUGUUAAUGUGAUCGAAUCGGAAUUAUCCAUAGCUAUUGAUGAAUUGAGUUUCUCCUCAGAAUAAUGUUGGUCUCCUGGCAGAUGGCACUCCAGGUUCAAUCAUCAGCUUAGCACAUUUACUGAUUCACUACUCUUACUUUUGGGUGAUAAUGAAGGUCGGUAUGUAUAAAAUUUUCAUGAAUACUAGUGCAUCAUGAAUUUGCUGGAUUGUAGAUUUCUAAAAAGUAAAUUAAAAUUAACCGGUGAAUGAGCUGUUGAUGGGGUCUGUUUGUCAUAGAAGUCUUAAAAUAUGAUGUACAAUUUUUUUUUUUUUGGUAUAGUUGAAAAGGUUAGUAAUUAGAGAACAUCUUUUAUAAAGUAGACAUCGCCAUCAGGAGCUUCAGGCUGUCGCCACCAUUCUGGAUCAUUACGCUAUGGUUGAGGUUGGAUAAUUUAAGUGUUAACCCUGUAGGUUGCUGGACAGCUAAAACCUAGACUGACAACUGACAAUAUCCAUUUGCUUUAAAUGGAUGGCAAUUAUGGGUUUAGGAGCAAAAUUUGUGUCCUAAGCGAGGGGGGACUUCAUCUUACAAGACAUGCUUGUUCUGUUGGACCCAGUAUUUGCCAAUGUUGUAGGGUUCCUCUGUUUCCUUCUUGUACUGAGAUAUAAUGGCUUGAUGGAUGCUUUGUCUGAAAAAGCCUAGAAAAUUUCAAGCUGUACUUUGCAUUAGAUCCGGACGGUAACCGGUAGAUGCUUUCUUAGAAAUUUGAAGUCUCUU